AUUAUUGGUGACACUAAUACGACCCUCUGUAUCGUGUAUCAUCACACUCGAGUCAUGAACAUCACAACGACGAUUUUAACAUUGUUACCUAUAAUCAUCAUCGGUUGUCAAGUUGUGACAGGAACGUCAAACAGAGAAUUCAACUGGCAGGAAGACGCUACGGGCGCUGACAUGAUGUACGGUUCCAUAUUGCUGACCACUACUAAGGGAUCACUUAUCACGUGCCUCGCCUUCUGUUCAGACAUGCCAUUUAAAGCUGCUACGUACAACAACGGGACUACCGAAUGUCAUUGUCUGGACAAUAAGACGGCUAUAACGUCACAGCUGGGAAAUCGUCUCUGGAAUCGUCAGUUCGAUGGUUUCACACUCAGCGCCCAAUUGGGAUUGUAUUUCCGACUAUUUGUAAACUUGACAAUAACUCAGGCGGAAGCGGAAGCCCACUGCGGCAGUCUAGGGGCUAGACUGGCAGUCCUAGAUACAAAUGAGAAGUUAAAUUUCGUAACAGCUCUACCUGAUUACCCUGCUGACAGAUUUGUCUAUGUAGGCGCCACAGACAAGCAAACUGAAGGCGUAUUUUUGUGGAGUACCGGCGCUGUUGUCACAAACUGGAUGAAUGGUGAACCAAAUGGCGGACUGUUAAAUGAGCAUUGUGUAGCUUUAUAUUUCUUUUACUUCAUUGACCUUCCAUGUUCAUAUCUAAGUAACUUUGCUUGCGAAAUUGAAUAAAAAUGUUAACAGAGAACUGUUGAUUCACCGUCAGUGGUAACAUACAUGUCCCUCUCGCCCUUUUUAUCUUAUCUUUUUACCGUAUAUUAUAUUUUCUUUUAAACUCUAAACUGUAUGUUGUUACAAUAAUUGCGAAAUAAGUUAUAUCAACUUAUGUUGAUCACGAGUGUUGGCAUGGACAUGAAGAUUUGUGGUAUAACACAUUUUAGGAACCAAAUGCAACGCGGUAAUUUGUAAGGGAAAUAGACAACCUUUAUUUUUUGUGCAAUUUAGUCGCAAAAGUGUUUUUACCUUAAAGGUGACCACCUUUAACAUCUUGUUUAUGAAAUAUGUAACCAAUAUUUUCUAUAUGAUUAUUCAGAGUUAUGCAUAUGAAAUAUCUAUACAAACAUGAUUAUUCUGAUGUAUAAAUGAUUCACUUGAAUAAUUUACUUAAAGUUAGUGUUACGAGAAACAUUUUGUACCUGAAUAUUAAUGCUUAUGAAUAGAUGUAAUCUCCUACUUGCUUUCCUGUAUGUAUAAGUCACUUUCUAUGUGAUUUUAACGGUUUGAACACCUUUCUCGAUCAUGUAAACAAAACAACUGUGAUAUUAUUUUGUUAAAUUUUAUAUAUAUCUAUGGUUUUUCCGACCUGUUGAAUCAUACAAUGCAUAUCACAUGUACAGAUACACAGAUGUUAUAUUUGCGUAAGAUUAUUUUCCCAUGUUGGACAAACAUCAUCAAUUAAAUUGAAUUGAAAAAAUCAACAAAUUUAAUAAAAUUAUCG